UUGCUUUAUUUAUUCCUUUUCGUUGUGCAUCAGUGACUGAAAGAAAUUCAUGAAAGUUGUCUUGCUUGUGUUCAUCUGUCGCCAUAAUACGAUAUUUAUAUCAAAUGAUUUUUUAUCAAGACUUCUCAUUCCAUUCUGUAAUACCUUAAAUAUCCUUUUCUUUGCCUUUAUCUUCUUCUUUUUCUUGUUCUAGUCUUUUUAGGAUACCUUUAUCUCUCUCUUGAAAUAAUUGUCUGUGUGAAUUCUAUUUCCCUUUUUUAGAUUUAAAAUUUUAAAAUAUUUUUAUUUCUUUUAACAGUCUUUGCGAGGCCCUUUGCUUAGCUUCUGUGUAGACCUAGGAUUAGCCCACACCUAAACUGAUGUCGUGAAUGAAACUGUUACAAUAUCCAGAUAACCACAGUCUUACAGGGGCAAGCCAGCUUUCUUCAAAGUGGUUUUGUGAAGCUUCUUUGUCAGAGAAUACUUGUUACUCCUUUUCAGCCAUAUAUGCCCGCAGCUGCUCUUUCUUGAGUGGUGCACGUGACAUAAUGUCAGGCAUGAGGGAUGUUAAAGAGCAAGAAAAAGUAGAUGGAAAUGGCCAAGACGAGUCUGAAAAGCCCAUGCCAUCAUCUGAAGAGGAGGAGGUAGCAAUAAAGAAGAAGUAUGGAGGAAUCGUGCCCAAGAAACCACCACUAAUUUCUAAGACCAUGAACGUGCUUAUUUUGAUUCUGCUGAUUGGGCGCUUGGAAAGCAAGGGGCUGAGAAGCCCAAGGGACCUCUUGAAGCCCUUCGACCCAAGUUGCAGAAACUACCAUAGGAGAAAUGGUCUAGGAGCAACCACGGCAGUUCAGCGAUAUUACCCACACAACAGCAGACACGAUACCGGAAAUCUCCUUAUGCCCCAUCCGAUGGUGAAGAUGGGGGAAGCACUCCAUCUGAGGAGACAGCUGCGAAUGAAUGAGGAACUUAUGCUGGCUUUUAAUUAUGUGGAUGACUGCUGAUUGUUGUCCUAAUAUCUAUAUAGGUAAAUGAGUUAAAAUUCAGGUCGUUUCUGAGAAUAAAGUUGGUAAUGAUGUUUCAAUAUCACCAAAGAGAAGCAAGAGAUGACAUUUAUGCAAUUGAGACCAUGGAACCUAAUUUUUCUCAGUUUUGCACUGUGGUUCGCGAUUUUUCUGUCAUCGGACAUUAUUUAUUGUCUUUAAUGAUCAAAGAACGUACUUGACGAAAUGAAAAAGGACCCUUGUGAAUCCUUAAAUCAUUCUACCUUUGUUGCAUAAGUAUUAUCAUUUGAGUGUAAUUUUUUUUCCCCCGAAACUGAAUGGACAACUUGUAUUUCAAAUAUUGCAGUGUUUGAUCAUUUGGUGCAAAAUGCAUGUUUUUGUUCCUUUUGGAAAACCAUCACCAAAGAAAUUUGUUCUUUGUUAUGCAAUGCUUUGAAUGAAAGUGGCAGACAUUUGAGGAUCUGGAGGUUCCAGUUGAUGUGGAGUUACAGCAAUUCCUUUGUCCGAUGAUCGACUAUUUUUUGAAAUCCGUACCUUGCAGUACUCUAUAUAUAAAAUGUAUGACAAUAGCCAGCCAUUUAUGCCCAAGAAAAAAGGCAAAAGAGAGAACUUCUAAAGAGAAUUUUCUUGAAGAUCAUGUCUUCAUGUCUGCUUCCUCCAUAUGGGUUAGCUUCUGUAACCAAACCAAUCUCUCUCAAGAAGAGAAAAUUUCAAGCCUUGCCAGCUAGAGCUCAAAGCUUCAGAAAUGAAGGGAGAUCAGGUAAUAACAUGGUUGACGCAAAUAUGAGUGUAUUAAGGCAGAAGAUUGAGGAAGUGAAGAUGAAGGAGAGACUGGAGAGGUGCUGCGGACGCGAAAUCGGGUGGAAUAACCACAACUACAACAUCAGCAAGAGAGAGGAUGAAGAAGAAGAAGGGUUAUGGCAAGAAUUGGUUGAAUUAGUAGGAAUAGUAGGUGGAACUAUUGGUAUUACCAUUGUUACUGGUACUGCUUUUCUUUUCCUUUUUUCCUUCUUACUCCAUUUCAAAAUUCAUGAUUUUUAAUUAACAUUAAUUUUUUACCUUAUAUAUAGUAUUAUAACUGAGAUUAUAAGCAAUUGACAAUAA